AAAAAAAUCUCUGUUUUUUUUUUCUUCUUCUUCUUCUUCCUCAGACAUUGCGUAGCAUCAACAAAACAAAUCCACGGAGCUGUCUCGGGUGAUUCCGAUCAGUAUGGUCUGGAUCCUCUGUUUUCUCCGAUUCUCUAAUUGACCCCAUUGCCUUCCAAUUAUGGAGAUUCCACUCGCGCGUUACCAGAGCAUAAGGUUAGACGAAAGACGAGACUCGUAUUACAAUCCCAAGGUUUUCAAUUUCCCGCCAAAGUUUCUCUUUUCUGGAUACGAUUUCUCGCUCCGGGGAAGAAGAUGGAAGAACCCAUUUGGGAGGAUCACAUGUUCUUCUGCAGUUCAAGGUCUGAAACCAAAACCAAAGCUGAAACCAGAGAAGAUUAGAGUCGACGUUGAGGAAUCGAAAGCUCAGGUUUUGGAUGAUACCCAGAUCAGUAAAUCUGGAGUGAGCAUUUGUAGUCAGAUUGAGAAGUUGGUUUUGUGUAAUAGGUUCAGGGAAGCGUUUGAAUUGUUCGAGAUUUUGGAGAUUCGAGGUAGUUUUAAUGUUGCUGUUAGUACAUAUGAUGCAUUGGUUGAAGCUUGUAUUCGUUUGAGAUCGAUACGGUGUGUUAAAAGGGUUUUUGGGUAUAUGAUGAGCAAUGGGUUUGAGCCUGAGCAGUACAUGAUGAACAGGAUCUUGUUGAUGCAUGUGAAAUGUGGGAUGAUUAUAGAUGCACGUAGGUUGUUUGAUGAAAUGCCUGAGAGGAACUUGAUUUCUUAUAACUCGAUUAUCUCUGGGUUUGUCAACUUUGGUAACUAUGGAGAAGCUUUUGAGCUGUUUAAGAUGAUGUGGGAGGAGCUUUCUGAUUGUGAGACUCAUACGUUUGCGGUGAUGCUUCGGGCGUCGUCUGGGUUAGGAUCUAUUUAUGUGGGGAAACAGUUGCAUGUUUGUGCAUUGAAAUUAGGAGUUGUUGAUAACACCUUUGUUUCGUGUGGAUUGAUUGAUAUGUAUAGCAAGUGCGGGGAGAUUGAAGAUGCUCGAUUCGUUUUUGAGAGUAUGCCUGAGAAAUCUACAGUUGCUUGGAAUAACAUUAUUGCAGGUUAUGCGCUCCAUGGUUACAGCGAGGAAGCUAUGUGUUUGUUGUACGAGAUGCGAGACUCAGGUGCAUCUGUUGAUCAGUUCACACUUUCCAUAAUGAUAAGAAUUUCUACAAGGCUUGCAAAAAUUGAGCUUACUAAGCAGGCACACGCUAGUUUAAUUCGAAAUGGUUUUGAAUCAGAAAUUGUCGCGAACACGGCUCUUGUUGACUUCUAUAGCAAAUGGGGUAGAGUAGAUACUGCUAGAUAUGUUUUUGAUAAAUUGCCGAGGAAAAAUAUAAUCUCAUGGAAUGCUUUGAUGGGUGGAUAUGCAAAUCAUGGUAGAGGAACCGAUGCUGUUAAGUUGUUUGAGAAAAUGAUUGCUGCAAAUGUCGCUCCAAAUCAUGUCACAUUUCUUGCAGUUCUAUCAGCUUGUUCCUAUUCAGGUUUAUCUGAACAAGGUUGGGAGAUUUUUCUAUCGAUGAGUGAGGUUCAUGGGAUCAAACCAAGGGCAAUGCACUAUACCUGCAUGAUUGAGCUGUUGGGUAGAGAUGGAUUAUUAGAUGAAGCCAUUGCUUUCAUCAGAAGAGCUCCUUUGACACCAACUGUGAAUAUGUGGGCAGCACUCUUGAAUGCCUGUAGGAUGCAGGGAAACUUGGAGCUCGGAAGAGUGGUUGCUGAAAAACUCUACGGAAUGGGGCCAGAGAAGCUCGGAAACUACGUUGUGCUGUAUAACAUGUACAACAGUAUGGGAAAAACUGCUGAAGCUGAAGGAGUUUUAGAGACAUUGGAGAGCAAAGGAUUAAGCAUGAUGCCGGCUUGUACUUGGGUGGAGGUUGGAGAUCAGACUCACAGUUUUCUUUCAGGAGACAAGUGUGAUUCUUACGAUGAGGCGGUGAAAAGGGAAAUAUACCAAAAAGUUGAUGAUCUAAUGGAAGAAAUUUACGAAUAUGGGUAUUUAGCAGAGGAGAGAAAUCUACUGCCAGACGUAGAUGAGAAGGAAGAAGAACGAGUAGGAAGAUACCACAGCGAGAAGCUUGCGAUAGCAUAUGGAUUGGUGAAUACACCGGAAUGGAACCCACUGCAGAUUACGCAGAACCAUAGGAUAUGCAUAGAUUGUCACAAGGUAGUUGAGUACAUAUCUUUGGUUACAGGAAGAGAGAUGGUAGUGAGAGAUGCGAGCCGGUUCCAUCAUUUCAAAGAAGGGAAGUGUUCUUGUGGAGGUUAUUGGUGAAUCACAUAAAGUAGAAUUAGACUCUCAUUUUUUUUUUUUUUGUUAUUUAAGUGUUCUUGUUUCUUUACGCCAAAAAGAUAUACAACAGGAAAAAAUAGUGUGAUCAUUGUAACGUUCUCUGAUUCAUUUAGCAUUAUCAAUACAAUAAAAGUAGAAUGUGUUUCACCA